AAGCGAAAAUCGCAAGAAAUAUGUGGCAAGGUCUAUAGAGCCCUAAUGCUUAUAAUCUUUUUUAUUGUCUAAGGUGUAUUUAAAAGUUGGCGCUUGCUUCAUCAAACGGGCCAUCGGUUACCAAAGAGUAUAUAAUCACUACGUUCUAUCGGUUACUAGUAGAACGUAGUGAUUAUAUGCUCUUUGCUCUUUGGGUUACUAGGCAACAAAAGAGUUAGAUAGAUUUGCAUUUAUUGUAAGUUUACGUUUAGGUUUGUAAUAAACUAAGGGUAUAAUCUAAGCCUAGCGAUGGCUGAUGACGAAGAAUUACCUGCUUACGACGGAGAAGAAGAAGAAGAAGGAGGAUAUAUUGAGCCGGAAGAUGAACACGUAGAAGAAGAAUCCAUACUCACAGAGUACGACCAGGAUGAUUUCUUUUCUGGGGCGGUCAAUUCACCAGACUCCACUAUACCACAUGAUUUAUUCGAGUUUGAACAUUCUUACGGCUACGACUGCCAUAAGUAUUUCAAUCUGUGUGCGUGCGAUGAAACUGUAGUUUGCUGGGCGGCUGGCAGCAUCGUUACGUUUCUGGACGUGGAAACUAAACAGACCUGGUUCCGAAGGAGCACAACUGGCGGCUCUAUUGGACAUAUGACCAGUUACAGAACGGACCCUAACUACCGACUAGCUAUAGCCGAGGGCAAGGAGGGCGACCGCGAGCCCCUGAUCCUGCUGUACUUCUGGCCACAGAUGGAGAUCGACGCAGUCCUACGUGAUGGCACCACUAAUGCAUACUCUAUACUCGACUUUAGUCCCGACGGGGAACUCCUAGCUUCAGUAGGCAAGGAACCGGACUACAACAUCACGAUAUGGAACUGGAAGCGACACAAAAUUUUGCUGCGCACGAGUGCGUUCACUUUCGACGUGAAUGUAGUUAUGUUCUCACCAUAUUGCCCGGGACAACUAACCACUGCAGGUGCUGCACACAUCAAAUUUUGGAAAAUGGCUCGCACAUUUACCGGACUAAAGUUGAAAGGAGAACUUGGUAGGUUCGGCAAAACUGAAAUUUGUGACGUGCUGGGCGUUUAUCCUAUGCCUGAUGAAAAGGUACUUUCCGGCUGCGAGUGGGGCAACGUUCUGGUCUGGGAGGCUGGGCUCGUCAAAGUAGAAGUGACCAAACGUGGCAGGAAAACGUGCCACAAGGGACCAGUCAUCCAAUUCAUGCUAAGCCCAGCAGGGGACGAAGUAACCACUAUAGCUCGCGACGGUUGCAUCCGAGCGUGGUACUGGGACACGGUGGAGCAGGCAGACCCGCCCGAAGACGACCCCUACGUGGAGCUUAACCCCGUAGCUGAAACUUGCGUGCCUAACUGCCAAAUAAUGUGUCUAAAACAACAGAAAGAUUUCUAUUGGUACGCCCAGGACGGCAACGGCGGUGUAUGGUGUGUGGACACAGAAAUCGACAAGUUAGAAUGCGCACACCGAAAAGUGUAUACAAGUCACGCGGGGGGCGUCGUGGCUAUGGCGGCGCUCCGUGGUCACCCUGUUCUUGUGACGGCCGGGGAAGAUGGCGCCCUACACGCCUACAGCACGACGACCCAUACACUGCUAGCCAGAUACGUCUUUCUGAAGCCUGUAACCUGCAUGUUUUAUCCUCCUAUCGAUGUGGACCCAACAUCCCGGAUAAUCAUGUUAGGUUUCGAGGACGGUAUCAUGCGCACGCUGCUACUGCAUCCGGAGAGAUUAGAGGCCAUCACCAGCCAGCUUAACAUUGACGUGCAUUCCUCUCUCACCAUCCACAGUGACACCUCGCUGCACCCUGACGUCAUCGACUUGAUCUCGCUACUAAAGCCGCAUUCGAAAGCCAUAAACCAAAUAUCGAUAAAUAACCAACGGACAUUAUUGGUGACUUGCUCUAAGGAAGAGACUAUAUUUAUGUACAAAGUAAAUCUGGGCGCGCCGUUUACUCUGGAAAGACUGGGGCUAAUCAAGACACCGAACAAUAUUGUGUAUAUGACUUGGAAACCAGAAGAGGAAUAUGUGCUGCUGCUUUGCGGUCAAGUGGGAUUUAUUAUGGAAGCUGUGCUUCCACAGGUCGCAGUGCGAAAAUACACAGAAAUUACCACGUUCAAACUGGAUUUUGUUUCCUAUAAGGAGAUUCUCGUGAAGAAGCAAUAUAUGCGCCACCGCCCUUUCCCCGAGGAGGAAGAUCUAGCCAGCAUCGACGAAGAAGCGUUGAAGGCUAAGGAUGACGGCGGAGGCAAGGACGAAGAAGAGGAAGAGUGGAUUGGGGAAAUACAGCUAAUGGAAAGCGAAAGUAUGCUAGGAACCACGAUCACCUGGGCCGAGUACUGCGACGAAGGGAUAUGGGUAGUUCAGAAGGGGACCGGUGCCUUGUUGUUCGUGAAGCCUGGUGUGAACAAGAUCCUAAAAUACGGCCCUAUACCCGGGGCUUGGUGUGAUGAUAUCACGGCGUUGCAGUUUGUCUGCGAUCAUCGUUACUUGAUAAUAGGAACAAAUACUGGCUACGUUCGAGUACUAAGAAUGCCAACAGAGGAGGAGGAUUCAGACGAGCAUCAUUACAUGACAUGGUUCACCGCUAUGCAGAGACUACUUAAGGAACUGAAAGGCCGGCGUUUGGCUAAAGAAGAGCCACAACCCACGCCACGCAUCGACUUCAUAGAUAAUUACUAUCUACCGAUGCAUAAUCGCUACACUGGAGCCAUCACCUGUCUGGCCUUUAGUUCGGAUGGACAACGAUUUUAUACUUGCGGUGCUGAUGGCAAUAUUUUCUCCUACAUCAUCAACUUCUCCGAGCCACUGAUGCCAACACCAGAACUACCACCUGUUCCAGAGUUGCCGAAAACCGAGAAAGUAAGGGAGCCAAGCACCGUCGACGGUGAACUGAUGUCGCAUGAGCAGCUGAAGCAGAAAGAGGAAUACGACAAGAUGAUGUCAAUCGCCAACGCACACAAAAAACGAGUGCGCGACCAGCUGGCUGAACUCGCUUUUGAGUACAGCAAGCUCAUCAAGGCUAACAAACUCCUACCUGUAUCUCAACAAAUCGAUGUCACUCUGGACCCGAGGCCCCUAGUAGUGCAGGAGAACGAAUUAGAAGCAGCUAAAGCCCUGACCAUUAGAAAACUGGCGCACCAACUAGAAGCUUCUGAUCUGGCUUAUAAGAAGAUGCACUCACGGAACAUCAUACAGUUGGAUGUAUUUCCCUUCAUUUUGAAGGCCAUCAGAGACCCUGAAGUCAUUAUACGACCGCUGAGGCAGAAGAAUUUGUCUGCAGAUUUUUACUCGCAACUCGAAGAAGUCCAUAAGAUGAUGGCUGAAGCUGCUUUGCGAGGAAGGAACUUAAACAUUUUGGAACUAGAAGAGUCCGAACCGAUGCGAGCAGAGUCAGUAUCUCGCCGCGCGGCUCCCCGCCGGCAGUCGAUGGCAAAGCCACGAGUGGCUUCGUUCCUUCUUGGUUUGCCUCCUAAAUACCCGCAUCCACUAAAGAAAGCGCUACGGAACUACCACCAGCGCUUGAACAGACAUCACGCACAGUUUAUCGAAUGGCAAGCCCAUCUUUCCCGCAAGCCCGAUCCACAUGCCUUACCCCCAGGGGCAGAAGCUGCUCUAAAGGAAGCGGAGUCAUCCAUCGGCAACCGAGUGCUGAAGACACAUCCCGACUAUGUGGCGCCUCCAGGACAUAAUACCCAGUUGCGUGUAUGCCUUCUUAGAAAAGAGAUAUACGACACCAAGCACGCGUUCAAUGAAAAAGUGGUAGAGCUGCGUAAUCACAAGCUCCAUCUUGUGAGUUACAUGAAGCAAAUCGGUGAACGGCUGGCUGAAAUACGACUCGAAAUCCCACCGAAGAUGGUGCGCCCUCCACCCGCCAUUCCCGAUAUUGACGAACAGCUGGAAUUCCCCGAGAAGAAUCUAGAGGUAAAACCAGAAGUAAAACAGCCCACAGCCAGAGAAAGUCGCAAGUCUAGAGGUGCGAUAAAAGGCCCGUCCUUAACCUAUCCGCAACCUCGUAUUCGUCAGCCAAGGGUUAACAGAUUCAUUCCUCUUUCCGAAUCGCGCCCUCUCGCUGCAUCUUGGGAGUUAUUGAAGGCAAGACAAGACAUGGAGUCUACGCCGAUGGAGGUGGAAAUAAGGGAAAGGCGUAUCGAAAGGCAUCUGUACGAGCAAGACAUGCUGCUCGCAGACGCUGAAACGGCGGUCCAGAAGUACGACUCCCGGCUGCGGCAGCUGCAGCGCGAACGGAUCAGGGUCCAGGAGAAGAGCCAACUCCUGGAACUGACAUUGUGUCAGCUCCAUAGGGAGAUGAAUGUCCUGAACCGGUUUGAGGCACAUGAGGAUAGGCUAGCUGAGAGGGUCUACGUUAAACUGAUGCAGGUACGUGCCGUCCAGGAAAUGAUAAAGGAUUGCGAGCAACGUAUAGAAGAGCAUUUUGCCGAGAAAGAGAACCUAGAUGUACUCUGCCAAGAGCUACAGAGGCAGUUCAAGAAACUGGUCCAAGAUAAUAAGUUCGCAGAUUUUCUGAGGAGAAUCUUUAAGAAGAAGUACCGUCCGCCGCGAGAUAGGGGUGAUGAUGAAUCCGAAUCCGAAUCUGAGUCCUCAUCUUCAAGCGAGGAGGAAGACGAGGGCAGUUUGGAUAGCCGCGACAUCGGACCUAUACGACUGGACCCCAACGUGUGCCCCGAGGGCUGCGACCCAGAUAUCUACGACAAGACCUAUGAGCUGAGGACCACCAGACAUAGGCAUGAACAAGACAUGAUAGAGCAGAACCACUUAGUGGAUAUGCUGCGAAAGGACAUCGACGCCCACAACAGAGUGAAGCGCAAGCUAUCUGUGCAGUUAGACAAAAGGAAGAAUGAACUGAGGGAGUUUAUGUUGGAAAAACAAAGCUGUAUGAACGAAGUCGACCAAGUGGUGAUUCUCCGCUAUGACCAGAUCAGGGCAGCUGCUCUUCGCGGCUGCUCAACUCCUGAGGGCCUGUCCAAUGCUGUCGUGUUUCCCGAAGCCACUCUCAUGAGGUUGAGGAACAGGGUCUUGGAACUACAGGAUGAGAUUAAACAGCAAAAGCAGAGGCAGAAAGUAAACCGCACACAUCUAUUUCGCAUGAACAUCGACAUGAAAGCCAUGGAGUCUCAAGCAGAAGCUAUGAGGGCCGAGAUGCGCGACGUACUGACACGCAAGUUGGGAAAGCCGCGCAAAGUGGACAAGACGCUAGAUGACCUGCUGCGCCAGAUGGCCAGGAGGCACAAAUUCAGUGCUACGUUGGGGACUAUCACUCAAGUUCUGCAGCAGCUGAGGAAUUGGAGGGACCGUCACAGCAACCUAGAGAAAAAUUAUCUAACGGUGAUGAACGAAUACUCGGAGCGUCUCCGAAAGGCGGCAGCGUUACAGAGCAAUGUGUUGUACCAAAAGCCGCCGCGGGGUGCCGGUCAAAUGGCCGGUGACUACGAGCCCGAAGUCUACCAGCGCGAUGUGGUGCGUUUGCGCAUAGUGCGCGCUCAGCAGCUCGAACAAAUCCAGAUGCUACGCGCCGAGAUCCAGUCCCUGCGUCUAAAGCCGUUGUCUCCUCGACCGCCUCUACCGUCCGGCGACCCUCCACCGGAUAGACGCGAACAAAUCUACCUGUUUAUGGCACCCCGAUCUGCGGCCCUGUCUAGGAAGAAGUACUUCCCCAUAGAUAUAUCGACCACAUCAGACGCCCCCUAUGACGUGAACAUUAUGAAGCUGCUGUACGACGCGCUGGACUCGCUGCACGCGUCAAGAGACGAAGCCACACAACUGAUGCGGGACCUGACUGCCGAGCUGCCCGAAGUGCUGUCAGGAGCCAAAUCUCGCUACGAAGUGGUGGACAUGAUGGUGAAGAAAUGGCUCUCGAAACAUGGCGGCGACCCCAGCCAGUACAAGAAGCAGGUCCGGGCCUACGACACCCUAGCCGCCUUAGCUGACAAACUGCUGCGACAACAUGUGGAGACGUUAGAAGGGAGUGGCGGUCACGAAGUGAUGGGCAAGCUCGAAGGCGCGCUGAAAGAUGUCUCAGGUCAACAACAACCGUUGCGGGAGCGGCUCGGGCCUGCGUUAGCCGCGCUGUUUCAUACAACUGAUAUCGCUGAUAUAGCUACUAAUGAAACCAUGGCGUCCCUCGUCAACGCUCUGACGGGAGACGGUCAACCGCUCACCGCGUCGUCCAUAGACCAAAUACAAAUACAUGAAGUGGUUGCGGAUAUCAAAGAUUGCGGCGUGCAAGCCCCCGAGAAGGAUAUAGAAGGUGUGGUGGCGAUGGCCAGGGAUUGCUUGAAGGCGCAACUUCUCUCGGAAUACGAGGCCAAGUUGUUGGAAGAGGAAGUCGAGAGGGCUCUGAAAGAUUCCCGAGCCCCCAGCGCCACUAGCAGACACGGCGACACCACAGACCGCUCCACGCGCAGCGGCACGGGCGCCCGCACACCGCACAGCGGGCCCGGCUCGGGUGACCGCUCGCCGCACGGGCUCGCCGGUGACCGCAGCGCUUCGAUCGCAGAGAGCGAGCACAGUCUGCGGAGCCACGCGCAGAGUGGCAGCAGCAAGACUAGUAAACGAUCCAAAAUGCCGAGCGGAGAUGCUUCUGAGGCUGAGGAUUCAGAUCACGGUCAAUUGUAAUGUGCUUAGUUUGGAUAUGUUGUAUUGUUUAAUGGAUAUUUUAUUUAAGACUGUGUAGGCGUGUUUGCUUAUAUUAUGUUACUUACUGUGUUCUACCUUUAUUAAAAUGCUAAAAUAUA